AUGCCACACUCAACUGUGGAUCAGACAUCCAGCGUGGAAGCGCCCUAUUCUGGUCCCCGAAAGCUGGUACUCUGCCUCGAUGGCACUGGCAAUCAAUUUAUGGGGUUUGAGCGCGACUCAAAUAUCGUCAAGAUAUACCAGAUGCUCGAAAAGAACACGCCCGGCCAAUUUCAUUAUUACCAGCCCGGUAUUGGCACCUACGUCGAAGGUCAAUCGUCCAGCUCCGGAUUGCUUCGGUAUCCGCGAAAACUGCAGUCGCAUAUCUUAACCACCAUCGAUCAAGGAGUGGGAACAACAUUUGAAAGCCAUGUCCUCGCAGCAUAUCGCUUCAUCAUGCGGUAUUACUCCCCAGGUGAUCAUAUCUACAUCUUUGGAUUCUCGCGGGGAGCAUACACCGCGCGAUUCCUAGCGGAGAUGAUCCACGAACUUGGCCUUCUUUCACAGGGCAAUGAAGAAAUGAUCCACUUUGCCUGGGAAACUUUCAGCAACUUCCAACAAGCGCGAGGAAAGACCGAUCGCACUGCGAAGGAUGAAGCAUUGGUCUCAUACAUGAAGAAAUUCAAUACCACCUUCUGCCGCCCGCAAGUGCAGAUCCAUUUUCUCGGAUUAUUCGACUGCGUGAACAGUGUCGGCCAAUUCGAGAUCCCCUUCCAUCGGAAGUCGCACCAAUAUCUCGUCAGUCCGGCGGCUCGCCACAUCCGACAUGCUGUAUCGAUUCAUGAACGUAGACUCAAGUUCAAGCCUGCCCUGGUGCUGCUUGACAAGACCAAGCCAGUGGAUCUGAAGGAAGUCUGGUUUGCAGGGAACCAUGGUGACGUGGGAGGGGGCUGGAGUCUGGCUCCCGGACAGUUCCACCUUUUGUCUGAUACACCGUUGAAUUGGAUGCUGCAGGAGGUCCUUCAUCUGGAAAAGUCGGAGAGCAAGUUGUCCUUCCACACGCUCAAUGUUGCAGACGUAGUGGAAAGAGAGAAUGCGUUUCCCGGGAAGGAGGAACCAGGGACCACAGCGUAUGAUGUCCGGAAACGCACGAACCAGCCACACGAUAUGCUCAUGUUUAAUCGAGGAGCGACCUUCCUGAUGGUAAUCUUUUGGUGGAUACUCGGUGUGUAUACAUCUCGCUGA